UUCAUAACUUUCAAUUCCAAACCUCUGAAUAGAAGUGGAACAUACAGGUUUUUAAAGGGACUCAAUGGUAUAACAAAGUGUAACAGUAGAACAUACUCUAUAAUUUGUGAAGAGCAGCAUUUAUAGAAAUGGCUUUUCAGGAGAUCCUUGAGUCCAUAGGAGGGAUGGGACGUUACCAGGUAAUUCAUGUUGUUCUUCUUUCCCUGCCUGUGUUCAUGUUGGCCAGUCACAAUCUCAUGCAGAAUUUCACAGCCGCCAUCCCGAGACACCGCUGUCAAAUCAAUGGGUCAUUUGAGGAGACUAACUUUACCGGACCAUGGCUUCGGGCCUUAGUUCCCAUGAAACCUACUGGAGAAUUUUCAAAGUGUCUCAGGUACACCACACCUCAAUAUCACCUGCUCAUGGACAACUUUACCCAGAAUGUGGAUGAGUUGGAGACAGAAACUUGUGUAGAUGGCUGGGUCUAUGAUCAUAGUGAGUUUGCUUCUACUAUUAUUACCCAGUGGGAUCUGGUCUGCAACCACCGCAGAAUGAGACAGGUGGCUCAGUCCAUUUACAUGGCAGGGGUGCUGGUUGGUUCUGUUGUCUUUGGCGGACUAUCAGAUAAGUUUGGGCGCAGGCCACUGAAUAUCUGGUCAAACCUACAGAUGUCUGUGACUGGAAUUUGCGCGGCCUUUUCUCCAAACUACAUCUGGUAUUGCAUCUUUCGUUUCCUUACAGGAACUGCGCUCUCUGGGAUUGUGCUGAACUCCUACUCUUUGAUUGUAGAAUGGAUCCCCACUGGUAACCGAGCUUUCACUAGCACUGCCACUGGGUACUGUUACACCAUGGGACAACUGGUCUUGGUCGGACUAGCAUUUAUGAUCAGAGACUGGCAUUGGCUGCAACUGGCAGCUUCCCUUCCUUUCUUCUUCUACUUUUUGUAUUCAUGGUGGAUCCCAGAAUCUGGUCGGUGGCUUGUUCUUUCUGGUAAACCGGAAGUAGCCUGUAAAGCCCUGAAGAAAGUUGCUAAGAUUAAUGGAAAGAAAGAGGCAGGUGAAAAGCUCACAGUGGAGGUCCUGAAGUCGAGUAUGCAGAGAGAAAUCAGUGCUUCCAAACACUCUACUUAUUCUGUGUUGGAUUUGGUUAGGACCCCUGUAGUCCGGCGAAUAUCCUUUUGUAUUUCAUGUACUUGGUUCUCAACCAGUUUUGCCUAUUAUGGGCUGGCAUUGGACUUGCAGAGUUUUGGUGUCAGCAUCUAUAUCAUUCAGAUCAUUUUUGGCACUGUUGACAUUCCAGCAAAAUUUUUUUCCUAUUUUGUGAUGACUUACAUUGGGAGACGUGUCCUACAAGCUCUCACCCUAAUCCUGGCUGGUAUUGCCAUCUUAGUCAACAUAUGUGUACCUCAAGACUAUCAAACAGUGCGGACCUCAAUGGCUGUUUUCGGAAAAGGAUGCCUAGCUGCAUCAUUCAACUGUCUGUUCCUAUACACAGGAGAGCUAUACCCAACAGUGAUCAGGCAGUCGGGAAUGGGACUGGGUACAAUGAUGGCUCGGCUGGGAGGAAUUAUUGCUCCUCUUGCUCAGAUGACUGGUGAUAUCUAUCACUCCCUGCCACUAAUUAUUUUUGGCUGUCUACCCAUACUGUCUGGAAUUGCUGGGUGUUUUUUGCCAGAGACACUUGGGGUCCCUCUGCCUGAGACAAUAGAAGAUGUUGAGAGCUCUGAUAAGAAACAAAAGAAUGUCGAACUCAGUGCAAAGAUGCCUUUGAAAGAAACAGAGCUGGCCAACUGGAAAACUGAAGUGUAAAGGGAUCCAUUACAUCUUCUCAAAGCAGGAGGCCACAGAAGCACAGAAGAACCAUGAGAACCUCAGCUCUAGUCCUAGAUCCUUCGGUUGUCCUAGACAGCAUUGCAGCAUCACUAUACCACUGACUGGUUCUGUAAUGUGAUACUUGCCAUCAGGAGAAUGCAGCUUCAUUGUAUUGAGACUAAUACAGUAUAUCUUCAAUUAACCUGGUAGAAAAUACAAAUAGCCAUCAUUACGAAACAAGAUGUUUGCUGCAUAUUAGAGAGAGGCCCAACAUACAUAGGCCAUAAUUGUCCAUAAUUUAGUACUUUAUAUUCUGUGUAUCAUUAUACUGACCCCCUCGCUCUCUUUUUACAAAGAUAGAACGUCCGUAUGAUGAUAUAAUGUACUACCACUGUAUAAAAUGCUUGUUAUAAAAACCAAACUGUUGUUGAA